AGUUUACGUCAGAACUAUGAGGUCAACUGUUAUUGCAAACUCCCUCCUCUUAAUUUUUUUGAUUUUCUGGCCUGUAAAGGUCUCCUCCGAACGUUUACUCUUUAAGAGUAAUGUCAGAAAAUCACCUGUAAUUUUAAUUCCUGGAGACGGAGGGAGUCAGCUCCAAGCUCGUCUUAACGAGCCUAAAGUACCACAUGUUGUUUGCUUGAAAAAAUCAUCAUGGUUUGAUUUAUGGCUAAAUUUAGAAUUUUUUCCUCCAGUUCUGGUUGAUUGUUUCGCUGAUUAUAUGAAAUUGAUUUACGAUCGCAAAACUCGAACAACGAGAAAUACUGAAGGAGUUGAAAUUAAGGUGACUGACUUUGGAAAUACCUCCACUAUUGAAUAUUUAGACGCUAGCCGCUAUAGUCUAACUGCUUAUUAUUCAUCAAUAGUGAACGCAUUAGUGAAAAAGCUAGGCUAUAAACGAGGACUAAAUGUAAGGGGUGUUCCAUUUGACUUUCGUAAAGCACCUAACGAAAUGAAAAAUCUAUUAAGUGACAUGAAAAGACUAAUAGAAGAGACAUAUACCAUGAACAACAAUACUCCCGUAACCCUUAUCGGACAUAGUAUGGGCAAUCCGGUUGGCUAUUAUUUUUUGAAAAAGCAAACAGCGGCUUGGAAAAAGACUUACAUUGCAAGACUUGUGACACUUGCUUCUCCUUGGGGGGGUGCUGUCAAAGCUUUACGUCUUUUAGCUUCGGGUGAUAACCUGCAUGUUUAUAUUGUUAAUCCAUUGUCCGUCAGGUCUUUUCAACGCUCAAUACCCAGUUCAGCAUGGCUAAUGCCGUACGAUACUUUCUGGAGGAAAGAUGAAGUUUUAAUUUAUGCUCCAAAAUAUAAUUAUACUGUCGCAGACUAUCAGAAAUUUUUAAAAGACGUUAAUUAUACAGACGCUUGGGAAAUGAGAAAAGACACGGAGCCUUUAAUCAAAAAAUUAGAUCAUCCAGGUGUUGAAGUUCAUUGUUUACACGGCGUAGGAGUAGACACACCAGCAAGCUUUCGUUAUGCUCCUAGUCAGUGGUAUAAUUAUCAGCCAGACGUUAUAUAUGGUGACGGAGAUGGUACAGUAAAUUUAAGGUCCCUUCAUGGUUGUUUAAAAUGGCAAAAAAUGAAUGGGCCUCCUGUAUUCCACAGACAAUAUAAUAAAACAGACCAUUUGGGUAUUUUACAUGACGCUUCUGCUAUUGAUUAUAUUCUAAAAUUGGUGGUGAAAUCUGAGACAGAAAGAGAUAGAUUUUAG